AUGAGUGGGAAACAAGAUGGCUACGUUUAUUUCAGAAACCGCAUGUCCUCUAGCGUUUUACAGGCCGAUGAGCGUUAUGUCAGUAUUAAACGCCCUUCCAAGAUUGGAAGUCAAUUGUGGGCCCCGGAUUAUUUACAUCAUGGAAAAGUCAAGAUUGUUACCAAAUCCAACGAGUUCAAAGUUUUGGAUAUGGAAGGGACGACAUAUGGGUCAAAAAUAAUUACAGCUCAAGAUGUGGGUCCAGAAAAAGAGACGCAAUAUUGGCAUAUUGGUUAUCAUGGUGAUAUUGUUAAUGCUAAAACCGGACUUUGCAUAAGCAUUCCCCAGACAAAUAACUCUUACCCAUAUGGGCUAGAGGUGGUGGGGCAUUAUUUCCAUGGGGGUGAUUGGCAGCGAUUUACUAUAGAACAUGUAGAUUAUUGAGAAAAUUUUUGAUUAAAUUUUUUUUU